UUCUGCCACCACUCAGCACAAAAUUGCAGACACUCUUUAUAGCAUCUAAUUUCAGUCAUUCAACCAUCUAUCUCAUUUUGCAUUAUAUAUUAUAUAUAUUUGCAUCAAAAAUAUAUAUAGUGCAGAAAUUACAUUUGUAUCUUAGAUAUGGGAAGAGCACCUUGUUGUGAGAAAGUGGGUUUGAAGAGAGGAAGAUGGACUGAAGAGGAAGAUGAAAUUUUGACUCAAUAUAUUAAAGCCAAUGGAGAAGGUUCUUGGAGGUCACUACCUAAAAAUGCAGGGUUGCUUAGAUGUGGAAAAAGUUGUAGAUUAAGAUGGAUAAACUAUUUGAGAGAUGAUCUUAAAAGGGGAAAUAUUUCUACUGAAGAAGAAGCUCUUAUUGUCAAGUUGCAUGCUUCUUUUGGCAACAGGUGGUCUUUGAUUGCAAGUCAUUUGCCAGGAAGAACAGACAACGAGAUUAAAAACUACUGGAACUCUCACUUAAGUAGAAAAGUUUACACUUUCCGAGGAACAUCAUCAACAACAAAUUUCGAUAAUGUUAAAGAGAUUCCAUCACAAGGAAUCUUAGUUAAUACACCUCCCAAAAGAAGAGGUGGUAGAACUAGCAGGAAGGCCAUGAAGAAAAAUAAACACUAUAUCCAAAAAAAAUUCGAAAGCCCAAAUAAGCCUUCUAAUGGCGAAGACAGCCCAAAUGGGCUUCAGUUGCCAUGCAUUGACGGUAAAAAUAUUGAAUAUGGUCCUGACAACAUGUUAGGACCAAAUCCAAACCUAAAUCCAAAGGUCAUUAAUGAUAAAGAGUCGUUGAAUUUUAAUGAUAUUAUUAUAAACACAUUCGAGGUGGAAAAAGAAAAAGAAAGUAAUGAUGAUAUGAUUGUAUAUAAUGAAAAAGUUAGGGACACAAGUACAGGUACUAACAAGAUGGGAAUACAAGACCAUGAGAAUAAUAGUGUGACAAGUCGAAGUUCGAAUGAUUUAGGUUUGGAGGAUAACUUGGAUUGGGAUAGUGUUAUGCCUUUGUUGAAUCAGAAAGCACAAUCUUUGUCAUGGGAACUAAGUGAAAACAUGUUGACUUGGUUGUGGGAUGAUGAUGAAUGGGAAAAGGAUUUUAACAAGUUUAGAGAGAUUGAUACUUGGAAGCAAAAUGGUGUGUUUUCUUGGUUUUAAUUUUGAAGCUAAGUUAAUUUUAUAAAUUAAUAUCUUUUAGUGUUUAGGUCUUGGAAUCUU